UCGCUCGCCUCUGCGUCUGGGGCUUCUGUCGCACCGUAGCCUGCCAGUGGGGAAGGAGGCCCCGCGAUGGCUUUGGGCAGGGAGAGACGUCAGGGGGCAGGAAGAGCUGGGCUGGUCUCUAGAAAGUGCUGGGAGCUGUGGUGGCUGAUUUGAAAGGGCACUGUGUAUUGGCACGGGGAGGGGCCAGAAUCGUGUAUGGGGGCCAGGCAGUGGCAUUGCAGGAGGAGACGUACCAGUGGGGCACAGAGGGACCUUGCUGCCAGCAGUGGGCUUCUGAGGGUAUGGGAGUGCGGAGGAAUCCCAUUACCUUCCCACCAGCCUGGUCAGGGUGAUGCCCACCCCAGCUGACUGCACUCCUGGAGACCAGCGGAGAAUUGCACCUGAGGAGAGGGCUGGCUAGGUUGGCAUCUGGCUGAGAUGGCUUGGCGCAGGCUUGCUGUGGUCAGCCUGCUUGGGCUUUGCUUGGCCAGCUGCCUCCUGUCCCCUGCUCAGGGCUGUGGCCCAGGCAGGGGGCCAGUGGGACGGAAGCAGUCUAGCCGCAAAAGCCUGGCCCCUCUGCAGUACAAGCAGUUUGUGCCCAACGUGGCGGAACAGACCCUGGGGGCCAGUGGGAAAGCGGAGGGCAAAAUCAGCCGCCACUCAGAGCGCUUCAAGGUCCUGGUGCCCAACUACAACCCUGACAUCAUCUUUAAGGAUGAAGAGAAUACAGGUGCAGACCGGUUGAUGACAGAGCGUUGCAAAGACCGAGUGAACGCCUUGGCCAUUGCCGUCAUGAAUAUGUGGCCAGGCGUCAGGCUACGGGUGACGGAGGGCUGGGAUGAAGACGGACACCACCUGCCUGACUCUCUGCACUAUGAGGGCCGGGCACUGGAUAUCACCACCUCUGACCGUGACAGGGAGAAAUAUGGCAUGUUGGCCCGCUUAGCUGUGGAGGCCGGCUUUGACUGGGUGUACUAUGAAUCCAAGGCACACAUCCAUGUUUCUGUGAAAGCAGAUAACUCCAUGGCUAUUCGUGCAGGCGGCUGCUUCCCUGGUGAUGCUACUGUGACGCUGCAGAGUGGUGAGAAGAGAAGCAUCUCCAAGCUACGUCACGGAGACUAUGUAUUCAGCGUAGAUCAGAACGGACAAGUGACACUUAGUGAGGUUCUGCUGUUCCUCCACCGAGACCCACACCAGCAGACUGUCUUCGUGGCCAUUGAGACAGAAGAACCUGUUCACCGGCUGCUCCUUACAUCCUCUCAUCUCAUCUUCGUUGCACGGGACUCCGUCAACAGCACAGCAGACUUCUCUCCUGUGUUCGCCAGCAGAGUGUGUGUGGGGGACUCGGUAUUGACAUAUCAAGCAGGCAGCCCUCCAUUACAUCCUGCCCGUGUAGUCCGUGUUUGGCAGCAAGAGGGCACUGGAGUAUAUGCCCCCUUGACCUCACAUGGCACAAUCCUGGUCAAUGGAGUGCUGGCUUCCUGCUAUGCAGUCCUUGAAAGUCAUCACUGGGCUCACCAUGCCUUUGCCCCAUUACGGUUUGUCUAUGGCCUCUUCUCACUGCUGCCCCUGAAGGGGGAGUCUAGAAACUACAGUGCUCAGGAAACAGAUGUGCACUGGUAUUCACAGUUUCUGUAUCAUCUGGCAUGGGACUUGCUGGGCCAGGAUGUGCUUCACCCCUAGAGACUUGCAGGGCCAUUUGCUUGCCAGACAAAGUUCAAUUCAUCGUCUUUAGAUAAGGGAGGCCCUUGGGCACUUGCUUGGCUCCAUAUCUAGUUGCCUUGGCUGGGUAAUGAUCCUAGAGCUGAGAAACACUGCUUUCAAGCAUCAACAUUUGCAACAGAGAAACUAGCCUGGGUAUAUGUAGGAGUUGGAUUGAGUGAUUAGGUCAACUGAUACCAGUGCUCCUGCUGUAGGUUGCAUAUCACAGGCACUGGACUACCUACAGAUGUGUUUAUGGAGCUUGCAAAUAUCCAAGGCAUGUUGUGUUCCUCCUCCAAAUUUAGCACCAAGUCAAUAAACCCACUGUCUUAAUUUUUAGCAGGUGGGAUGGAUUUCCUCCAUUUCCCAUAGGUGACCUGAUCUUCUCUGAUUAUAAAGCCAGCAUAAGAUCAGCUGUGGCUUUUUUUUUUCUCCCCUGCAGCUGCUUAAUUUGGUAAGUCAGGAAGGAGCAAGAUAUAUAGCAGAAAUGAGUGCGGAUCAUUUGUAAAUGAUCAGAAGAGUCUUUGCCCUCCCCUAGCUUCAGAAAUGUACGGCAGUAUUUCUGUGACAUGCAUUCAAGGAAAAGUAACGAAGGAGUUACGUUGGCCGGCUCUUCAUUGUGCAGGUGAUAUGGAAACCUGCAGGGUCUCUCUAACACAGGGCUAGUGGGGCUUUUUCAAGAAGGGCCAAGAAACAUGCCUGGGACCAUACAUGAAAUAAGAAUGGCAUAUAACAGGGUGUGUGUAGAGUUAUUAUAGCUUGGCACCCCUUUACUUACUGAGUUACAACACUGGAUUCAAGAAGAAGAGAGAAAAGCAACUCCAGCCUCAUCAGGGAAGGGUCUCAUAAACACCCAGCCUGGAAUGACUGAAUGGAGUUACGCUGGACAGCCAUGAGACCUGCCGCCUCAUCUCUUUUUUGCCACUCCUGGAUCUUAAGAAAGAUCCCCCUGCAUUUCCUAUUUGCUAUGGGCAAGGGGUGGGACGGGGAACCUAAUAUUUCCUUUGGAAAAUUAAAAUCCAUGCCACUCUCUUAAGAACUCUGCAGUAAUGAGAUUAACAUUUAACUGGCACUCCAGAGUUUUUAUUUUUAUAUUUAUAUAAGUAGUAAAUUAAAUGUGGUCUGCCACCUCUUGUCUUGUGCUGUAGAAGAUAUUAAUUUGAUGUUUUUGACAGGGAAAUGAAGG